AUGCCCGAUGUAUCUAAAUUAAAAUGUAGAGAAUAUAUGAAUGAUUUGAAGGAAGUGGUGAAAACAUCUCAACUGAGUACUCAUGGUGUUGAUGCUGCAGUUGCAAGUAAUUUACCACCAAUAAAUCAACUUAAAAGAACAGUACAACGAACAAGACAAGUUGAAAGUUCUGCUCCCCCAAAUCCUAUGAAGUUAGAAGAGCUCACAAUUCCAGAUGAGUAUAAAAUAACUACGAAUGGUGAACCAUUUUUAUUAUAUGAAAGUUUUUCUAAAAAUAUUGAAGAAAAGCGAAUAUUAAUAUUUUCAACGGAAAAAAAUGUAAAUUUAUUAUUAGAAAGUAAACACUGGUUUGUUGACGGCACUUUUUCGUAUUGCCCUAGUCUUUUCGUCCAAUUAUAUACAAUUCACAGUAUAAUAGCAUGUAAUAUUGUUCCAUUGGUUUAUAUUCUUUUACCAAAUAAAAAGGAAAUUACUUAUUGUCGUAUGUUUUUGGCUCUAAAUAUUUUAAAACCAAAUUAAAAUCCUGUAAUGAUUAUGGCUGAUUUUGAAAAAAAUAAUAUGAACGUAACAUUAUUUGUAUACCCAAAUUCUAAAAUUCAAGGUUGUUUUUUCAUCUUGGACAAUCAAUAUGGUGCCAAAUUCAAAGUAUAGGUUUAAGUAAUAGAUACUCUACUGAUCCAGAAUUUUCUCUGAAUAUUCGAAAAAUACCGACAUUAGCAUAUUUACCCGAAAAUCUUAUUGAAGAUAAUUUUGAACGCCUUCUGGAAACAGAAUUUUAUAAAAAUAAUUAAGAAUUACUGACAGAUUUUAUUAAUUAUUUUGAGGAUACCUAUAUAGACCGUGUUAAUAAAAGAGGACGAUAAACACCCCCACGAUUUCCUAUUGGACUAUGGAAUUGUUAUUCUUUAAUCGAAAGAGAUAUUUCAUGUACUAAUUAUGCAGUUGGAGGCUGACACAACUGUUUCAAUGCACUACUAAAAUCAGCUCACCCAUCCAUCUGGAUUUUUA